CUUACACACAUUCAGUCUUGUUAUGCAUAUAGUACUGCAAGUCGACUUCACUUCCUUAUACACUCAGAUAGAGGAACUAAGCAGCUUUUUGUGUGUGUGUGUGUGGCUGUCCUUGGCAACGCUCCCUUUUGCCCGGAGCUUUAUUUGACAUUUGUUAAAGGCAUGAGUCAAUAAAGCAUAAAUAAUUCGUUCGGCGUUUAUAAGAUCUGGUCAACGCGUAAGGUUCAAGAGAUGGCGCACUGGGGGAAGCAGGGAGAGAUAACAGAGUACAGGAAGAGUAUGAUCAAAAGGGAAAUGGAGAUGGGCAUGGUCAUGACGGUCUUUAGGCAAAAGGUAGAGAGGUUGACUGUUCAAGUCAUCAUGGAAACGCGGCAGGUGGCCUGGACACGCACCGCAGAGAAGACUGAUGGUGUCUUGGAUCUAUUUGAGAUCCGAGAGGUUCGUCCAGGGAGAAAUUCCAAAGACUUUGAGCGGUUCAAAGAUGGCAAGGAUAAACAUGAUGACAAUACUUGUUUUACCAUCUUCUAUGGCUCACAGUUUGUUCUCAACACCUUGAGUCUGGGAGCUGAUUCUGUGGAAGAGGCAUAUAAAUGGCUGAUUGGACUUGAAAUGUUAAUUCAAGAAACACUGACUGCUCCUACACCAGUUCUUAUUGAGAGCUGGCUCAGGAAGAUGAUGUAUUCAGUCAACCAGACAAAGACAAACAGCAUAUCCAUGAAGGAGCUAAAGACUCUUCUUCCUUUGCUCAACUACAAGCCCCCCAGUGCUCGCUCUCUGAAAGACAAAUUCAUGGAGGUGGGAGCAAAACAUGAUCGUUUGGACUUCGAGCAGUUUCAUAAAUUGUACAACCUGAUAAUGUUUGAACAAAAUGAGAUCCUUGAAGAAUUCAAAAAGGAUUGCUCUUUUAUUUUGGGUAAUACAGAUAAACCUGAUGCCUCGGUAGUUUUGCUCCAUGACUUCCAAAGGUUUCUCAUCUACCAGCAGAAGGAGUCAUGGGCUAGUGAUCUCAAUAAGGUUCGAGAGUUGAUGACUACUUUCAUUGAUGACACCAUGAGAAAAACCAACGACCCUGAGUUCACAGUCAGUGAGUUCCUCAACUUCCUGUUUUCCAAGGAGAACUGUCUGUGGGAUGAUAAAUUAUCAGAGAUUAACAACCAAGACAUGAACAACCCUUUGUCCCAUUACUGGAUCAAUUCAUCACAUAACACCUACCUGACAGGUGACCAGCUUCGUAGUGAGUCUUCAACAGAGGCGUAUGUGCGCUGUCUGCGCCUGGGAUGUCGCUGUGUUGAAUUGGAUUGCUGGGAAGGACCUGGAGAACCAAUCAUCUAUCAUGGUUGGACCAGGACAACCAAAAUCAAGUUUGAAGAUGUGGUUAAAGCAAUCAAUCAGCAUGCUUUUGUUACCUCGGAGUUCCCGGUUAUCCUGUCCAUAGAAGAGCAUUGCCCAUUGGAGCAGCAACGGCAAAUGGCCCGCAUCUUCAGAGAAGUGUUUGGAGACAAACUGCUUCUUGAGCCAGUAGAGCACAUGGCUGAGCAGCUACCAUCACCCACACACCUGAAGGGCAAAAUCAUCCUUAAACACAAGAAGCUCAGUGUUGAUGGGGGAGACACCAGCAAAGACUUCAAGGUGUGGCAGAAACAGGGUGACUUGGAGAUGUGGGACCCUGUCAACCAGCGGUGGAACAAGCACUACUGUGUGAUCUCUGAUGUCAAGCUGUACUACGCAGAGGAGUACGAGGAGGACAAGGAAGACCUCAGGAAGAAAAUACAAGGAGUGGAAGAGCCUCAAGGACGGCACGGUGAACGACUGGACCAGGAUUUGCAUUGUUCUGAAACAUGGUUUCAUGGUGCCAUUAAAGAGGGUCGGCUGAUGGCGGAGCGACUGAUUCAUGAUUACUGUACCGAGACAAGAGGAAGAGAUGGCACUUUUUUGGUCCGACAGAGUGAUAGUGUUCCUACGGAUAUCACCCUCUCCUUCUGGCGCAGUGGGAGAGUCCAGCACUGCCGUAUUCGUUCUUUUUCAGAGGGACAAAACAUAUACUACUACCUUACAGCAAACCUACAAUUUCCCAGCGUGUAUGCCCUGAUACAGCACUAUAAAGAGAACCUGCUACACUGUCAAGACUUUGAGUUGCGGCUCACUGAUGCUGUACCACAUCCUAACCCACAUGUACAACAAGGGUUUGUCAAAAUCAAGUGGUUCUACCGAAACUUGAGCAGAGGUGAGGCUGAAGAUUAUUUGCUUCGAAUUCCCAGAGAUGGAGCAUUCCUCAUCCGGCAGAGGGAGGGAGAACCAGACUCUUUUGCUAUCACGUUCAGAGGCGACGGUAAAGUGAAACACUGUCGGAUCCAGAAGGAAGGCAAUGUUUACCUGCUCGGUACAACAACUGAGUUUGAGAGCCUAGUGGAGAUGGUAAACUACUUUAAGAAGAAGCCACUAUAUCGCAAGACCAAGCUACGAUACCCAGUCACGCCCGACCUAGUGGAUCGCUUCAGCACAGAUAAAGACACUGCCUCGCUGUACGAAAUGAAGACAUAUGUGGAACCCAAUGAAAUUGAGUCAUCACUGCCAAAGAAUACUGUUAGGGCUGUGUAUAGCUACCAGGCGACGAGGCCCGAUGAACUCACCUUCAGCAAAGGCGCUUUGAUACAUAAUGUAUCCAAGGACAAUGAUGGGUGGUGGAAAGGAGACCAUGGUGGAAAUGUUCAGCUCUUUUUCCCAUCCAAUUAUGUUGAAGAAGUGUCCAACAACACCAAACUUGAUUUUGGAAAACAGGAUAUAGCAGACAAUCCCUUGGGUGAACUCUGUAAAGGUGUGGUGGAUAUCUCUAAGUGCAACAUAAAGAACUUAAAAAAUGGUAAAAACGGAAAGCUGCAGUGUCUGACACUGCAGAACAUGGAGCAGGAUGGUCUGCAUUUUGACUUGGCCGCAGACUCCUUGGAGGAGCUUUUUGAAUGGUACAAGGUGGCUUGGGGCAUCACUCAGAGAGAGAAGAGCAAGCAAUUCAGUCGAGAGCAAGAGAUCAGGCAGCAGGAAGAAGUGGAGAAGAAGGCAGAGGUUGCUAUGGAGAUGUCAGACCUGGUAGUCUACUGUCAGCCACGCAGCAAGGACAAGGACCGAUUUGACUACUACAACUGUAAAGAGGUCCGUUCUUUUGUAGAGAAUAAGACACCAGGAAAAAGCCUUUCCAUGGAUUUCUUGCAGUACAAUCACAAGGCUCUGAGUCGGAUUUACCCAAAAGGCCAGCGUGUGGAGUCUUCCAACUAUGAUCCCUACCCUCUAUGGGCACUUGGCUGUCACAUGGCGGCUCUUAACUUCCAGACGGCAGGAGCACCGCCAGCACUGAGGAUACUUCUUCAGAGGCUCCUGGGGAACAAACUGUAUGUCAAGCUGUGGAAAUGUGAUUUCCAUGUCCCCUCUGUAAGCAUCUCAGGCCAAAUCAUUGCCAAAGAUAAAUACACCCAGCUGAACCAUACCCUGUUCAAUAUGAAUGGACGUACUGGUUACAUUCUACAGCCAGAGUUUCUGCGUUCUGGGAGAUAUGACCCUCUCCAGGAGAAGAAAGACGUCAACUACAACAUUAUUAUUAGGGUGAUUGCUGCCAGACACCUUCCGAAGCUUGGCCGCUCAAUUUCCAGUCCUUUUGUGGAAAUUGAACUAUGUGGUCACACAGAAGUGAAGUCUAAGACCACUGUCUAUCGGGAUAACGGUCUGAACCCAGUGUGGAAAUCUACAACACAGCCUGUGUGCUUAAAAGUGUAUGAGCCCGAGCUCACCUUCCUGCGCUUUGUGGUCAAUGAGGAAGACAUGUUUUCAGAUCCUAACUUCCUCGCUCAGGCCACCUUUCCUGUCAAAGGCAUCUGUUCAGGUUACCGCUCUGUGCCUCUGAAGAACGGUUACAAUGAAAACUUAGAAUUAGCUUCUCUGUUGGUUGACAUAAAAGUACUACAGCCAGAGAACACAGAAGAAGAGCUUUAUUCCUCCUCCAGUCAACUAAGGAAAAAACAAGCAGAUCUUAGCAGCGAAGGACUCCUGUACAAUACACACACAAAAAUUAAGCUCUCCUCACCACCUCACCAACCUCUCACAUCAAAUCCGUUUGUUAGAGAAAUCAGCACAAGUGCGCACGGAGCAAAACAAAAGAAGCUAAAAAACAGUACGUUCUAUUCCUGAGGAGGCGGCGAACUUCACCUACUCCUGCUUCAUGACUUGCAGAGAAACACUGACAAUAAAAUGAAUUGUAAUGUUUGAGUCCCAAGAACUCUCAAUUCAAACAUUUUUUUUAUUGCCUCUCAUCUUUUAUUUGAAAAGCCUACUGAUUCGGCACACUGUCACCGGUGUUCAUUUUUCAAAAUGUCAUUUCAGGUGUGAACUAAGUGUACUGGUGUUAGGUUGUGUGUGCAUUUUGGUCAACAUCAUGUCACAGACUGGGGAUUUUUUUAAUUUUCAAAUUAUUAUAUAACGUGUCCUUAAAUGGACACGUGCCUAUUCGUUGUUACGCUUCAUAUUUGUGUUUUUCUUUUUUUUUUUUUUCCCCCUGUGAAACCUACCUUCAGCUAUUCGCAGAAAAUGGACAUAACGUAUGUGCCUUUUUUUGCGCUCUUUCUGUAAGGACCUAAAAUGCCACAAGAGGUUGCCAAAGCCCUGCCUCAUAUAAACGUAGUAAUUGGUGUCAAACAAGUAUGUUGAAGUGACUAAGAGACAAAUGCUAAGACUAAGAUAUUUAUAUUUCAGGGAGCUUUGGGAUGACUUGUUAGCUGAAGUUACGGAAGGUUUUUGCUGUAUAUGUAUGUUUGUAUGCUUUGCUUAGUGGCUAUUAAAAAGCUCAAGCUAUCAUA